UGUUUCCAAUUAAAUUCUCCAAGUCAUUCUUUUUCUUUAACUUGGGAUCUGAGCACCAGCCUUCACUUGCCUUUCCUGAGUUCUUAAGCUUUCUCUGGCUACUUUUUCACAUACAAAUUUGGUAAAUUUCAAUAAAAAAACAAGCUAUAUCAUAAAAUAUAUUGAAACCUUGGUCAGAGAACAGAUUGAUUUAAGCUUGUUGAUUGUUAUGUUUCAGUCUCAAGGAAAUGGUCUUGUUGUUGGUUUUGGGGGGUUUUGUAUAAGAGAAAGCUUUGGCUUACAACUGAAAACUCUUCUCUGAUGCAGUAACAAGCAGUGACUGUCCUGGGAGUGUUUGAUUGUUUCUGGAGGAAUCUGUCUUUGUUCAUGUGACUGUUUGAUUGUUUCUUUUCUUGUAUAUCUCAUUUUAAAUGUUGGGAUUCUGUCUGAAUUUUCAGUCAGAAAACAUGCAUAAAAUAAUAAAAAAUUGAUGUUUGGUAGAUCAUGAAGUGCUUGUUGCCUCUCACUCCAUCAUGGAUUAGAUCUCACAUGGAAGUAUUGGGAGGAGGGUCUCUUCUCUCUAUUUAAGGAGGUGCAGACCUCUUCCUGUUUCUCCACAGAGAAUUCCUCUCUCUCUCUGUCCCUCCCUCUCCCUUUUUCUGUGAUCUCAGAUCUUCCUCUGUAGAAAAAGGUGGGAGUCUCUCAGAAGAGUGUCUAGAACGCAAACAUGGUGAAGAUCUGCUGCAUCGGUGCCGGCUAUGUCGGUGGCCCAACCAUGGCCGUCAUUGCCUUGAAAUGCCCCAACAUCGAGGUGGCCGUCGUCGACAUUUCCGUCACCCGCAUCGCUGCAUGGAACAGCGAUCAGCUCCCGAUCUACGAGCCCGGCCUUGAAGACGUCGUGAAGCAGUGCCGAGGCAGGAACCUCUUCUUCAGCACUGACGUAGAAAAGCAUGUCUGUGAGGCCGAUAUCAUAUUCGUCUCGGUGAACACGCCCACCAAAACCCGUGGCCUCGGCGCCGGUAAGGCUGCCGACCUUACCUACUGGGAGAGUGCUGCUCGCAUGAUCGCCGACGUCUCAAAGUCCGACAAAAUUGUGGUGGAGAAGUCCACGGUCCCCGUUAAGACCGCCGAGGCCAUCGAGAAGAUCUUGACCCACAACAGCAAAGGCAUAAGCUACCAGAUCCUCUCCAACCCAGAGUUCCUCGCAGAGGGUACUGCAAUCCAGGACCUGUUCAACCCCGACCGGGUGCUUAUCGGCGGGAGGGAGACGCCGGAGGGGCAGAAGGCCGUCCAAGCACUCAAGGAGGUCUAUGCCCAUUGGGUUCCCGAGGACAGAAUCAUCACGACCAAUCUAUGGUCAGCUGAGCUAUCCAAGCUCGCUGCUAAUGCCUUCCUAGCGCAGAGGAUCUCGUCGGUGAACGCCAUUUCGGCGCUCUGCGAGGCCACCGGGGCAAACGUGGCGGAGGUGGCCUAUGCCGUCGGAAAGGACAGCAGGAUCGGGCCUAAGUUCUUGAACGCAAGCGUCGGAUUUGGUGGCUCCUGCUUCCAGAAGGACAUCCUGAACUUGGUCUACAUCUGCGCGUGCAAUGGCCUCCCUGAGGUGGCCAACUACUGGAAGCAAGUGAUCAAGAUCAAUGACUACCAGAAGAGCCGGUUCGUGAACAGGGUUGUUUCCUCCAUGUUCAACACUGUUGCUGGGAAGAAGAUUGCUGUGCUCGGGUUCGCGUUCAAGAAGGACACCGGCGACACAAGGGAGACGCCGGCCGUUGACGUCUGCAAGGGGCUGCUGGGUGACAAGGCCAAGAUUAGCAUCUACGAUCCGCAGGUGACGGAGGACCAGAUCCAGCGCGAUCUUGCGAUGAACAAGUUCGACUGGGAUCACCCCAUCCACCUCCAGCCGAUGAGCCCGACGGCGGUGAAGGAGGUGACCGUGACCUGGGACGCCUACGAGGCCGCCACGGGAGCACACGCAGUCUGCAUCCUGACCGAGUGGGACGAGUUCAAGCGACUGGACUACUCGAAGAUCUACGAGAACAUGCAGAAGCCUGCCUUUAUCUUCGAUGGACGCAAUGUGGUGGAUCCUGAGAAGCUCAGGGAGAUGGGAUUCAUCGUGUACUCGAUCGGGAAGCCAUUGGAUCCCUGGCUCAAGGACAUGCCUGCUGUGGCCUAAUUGGGAGCUCUGUUGGAAGAGAGAGAGAGGGAUUCUUUACGGAUCACAAUGCUAAGGUUUCAUAGUGGUUGUCGUUUCAUUAUACUUAUGUAUGGAGUGUCUUAUUAUAUAUGGAGCCAAUUGUCACUGUAAUUAGUCUCAUAUGGUAUGUAAGAUUAAGAUUAGUGUACUAUUAUUAAUUCUUAUAUAUAAGAUUUAUAAUUGUAGUUAA